AUGACGAUCUCAUCGGUUGGCGCCAAACAGGCUCUCGCUGGGAACGAAGAGCUUCGGAACCCUCCGGUUCCGAUCCCAGUGACGGUCGAGGGUUCUUUUUCAAGCAAAGCUCGAGUCAUAUUCUACCGUAGCACCCUGUUCCAGAUCCUUGUGGUCGGGCUUUGCGCCUUCACUGCUCCUGGGAUAUGGUCCGCGAUGAAUGGGUUAGGUGUCGGCGGAUCUCAGAGCCCUGAUCUCGUCAACGCCGCAAAUGCCAUCCUCUACGCCUUCAUGACCGUCACCUGUUUCGCCGGGCCAUGGCUUACCAACGCUAUCGGUUUUCGGUGGACACUAGCCAUCGGCACACUGGGCUAUCCAUUAUAUGCUGCCGGGCUAUACGUCAACAAUAGGACUGGGGCAACUUGGUUCGUGUACCUUGGAGCUGUAACCUGCGGUAUAUCCGCAGGAUUCUUUUGGAGUGUCGAAGGAGCCAUUGCCUGUGGCUAUCCCGAACAACAUAAGAGAGGCCGAUAUAUCGCUACAUGGUUUACAUUCAGGAAUUUCGGGAACAUCAUCGGCGGUGCGAUCUCUCUUGGCAUCAAUAUCAAUAUCAACAGACGUGGCAAGGUUGGUUAUCAAACAUAUCUGGUGUUCAUCGCCAUACAGUGCCUCGGGUUCUUCUUUGCAUUGUUGUUGUCAAAUCCAGAAAGAGUAGUGCGCGAUGAUGGCACACGUAUCGAGGCACCAAGAGGCAUCCACUGGAGUGAGGAAUUAAGACAGAUGUGGCGGCUCAUCAGAAGCAAGCCGAUUCUUCUCCUGAGCCCACUCUUCUGGUAUUUCGGCUGGAUUCAAGCAUAUCCUGGCACAUACCUAGCAACGUACUUCACUGUCCGGUCACGAGCACUCGGCAGCUUCAUGAACGCCGUGGUCGGCACACUCGCCACCUGGUUGACCGGCUCACUCGUCGACCUCCCAUGGCAGAAGUCUCGACAGAGGCGCGCGCUCGUUACCUAUGGGCUCAUCGCAACACUAAACAGCGCGACCUGGAUCUGGGCGGUGAUCAUACAGGACGAGUACCGUACGACCCACCCCGUACUCGACUGGGGCGACCAGAGCACCUUCGGCCGCGGCUUCGGAGUCUUCUUGUUUGAGCGCAUCAGCCUCGGUAUGGUCGAGAACUACAUCUACUGGUGCAUCAGCAAUCUCUCGGACUCGCCGGGUGAUCAAAUCCGAUACAGUUCCUUGCUCCGUGGCAUCGAGACCGCUGGUGUUGCCGUCGGAUUUGGAGUGCAAGCCGUGCCGACGGCGCUCAUCGUAACCGCGAGUAUCAACUUUGGGUAUUGGUUCAUUGCCCUUCCGUUCAGCUACUAUGCUACUCUUCAGGUUGUGAAGACGUUCAAUAAGAAUGAGUUCAAGGGGACGGAAGCAAUUCGGCAAGAAGUGUAA